AUGUCCAUGUAUUCCCACCGCGGCAUGGGGGCCGUGCCCCCCAGCAAUUCCGCUCGCCUCAACGAGCUCCUCGAUCAGAUCAGGGCCGAGUUUGAUACCCAGCUGCGCCAGACGGAGAACUUUGAGCAUCAGAUUUCUGCACAAGUGAGCGAGAUGCAGCUCGUCAGAGAAAAGGUUUACGCCAUGGAGCAGACCCACAUGACUUUGAAGCAAAAAUACGAGGAGGAGAUCAGCAUGCUUCGACACCAACUGGAGGCCGCGCGUAAGGGCGCUCCUCCUACCGCUAUCCCCGGGCCUCCCCAGCAUGCCGGCCCCUCGCAGCAGCCUCCUUCGAUUGCCCCCGGCAAUGGCUUGUUCAGCGGCAUCAUGGCCGGUGGCAAUCAGGCUGGGCUUGCUCCUCCCCAGCAGCACCCUCCGCCCCAGGAGCAGCAGGUAGGACCUCAGCACCAGAUGGCUCAGGGCCCGCCUGGGCUCCCCGUCCCACCACCGCAUCCUAAUGCCCAGCAGCCUCCCUACCAGCAGGGCUACCCGCAGGGUCCCGUCUCCAACGGCAUGGGACCUCAGCCGCCCCAGAGCACCGCAUCUCCAGGACCCGGCAGGCGAGGCGUCGGCCGGCCCCCCAACGCCGUCGGCCCCGCGACGCCCCAGAUCAACACUCCCGUGCCCUACCCGGGAAACGCUCAGUCCCCCCAAGUCAGCCACCCGACCACCGACCACGCGCGCAUGGGCGGCCCGCGGCAACCGCCGGUCGGCAACGCGCUCGGUGAUCUCGAGGUUGAUGCGGUUGCGCCCCACAACAAGAAGACGGGCAGCGACUGGUACGCCAUCUUCAACCCCCAGGUCCAGCGCGUCUUGGACGUGGACCUGGUCCACUCCCUCACUCAUGAGAGCGUCGUGUGCUGCGUGAGGUUCAGCCACGACGGCAAGUACGUUGCCACCGGUUGCAACCGAUCCGCUCAGAUUUUCGACGUCCAGACUGGCGAGAAGGUCUGCGUUCUUGAGGACCACAACGCCCAGGACAUGCAGGCCGAUCUCUAUAUCAGGAGCGUCUGCUUCAGCCCGGACGGACGUUAUCUCGCUACUGGCGCGGAGGACAAGCUGAUUCGAGUCUGGGACAUUGCCUCCAGAACCAUUCGCAACCACUUUGCGGGCCACGAACAGGAUAUCUACUCGCUCGACUUUGCUCGCGACGGCCGCACCAUUGCUUCCGGCAGUGGCGACAGAACGGUGCGACUCUGGGACAUCGAGCAGGGCAGCAACACGCUGACCCUGACCAUCGAGGACGGCGUCACGACGGUGGCCAUCUCGCCCGAUACCCAAUACGUUGCCGCCGGCUCUCUGGACAAGAGCGUUCGCGUGUGGGACAUCCACUCGGGAUUCCUGGUGGAGCGCCUCGAGGGUCCCGACGGCCACAAGGAUUCUGUCUACUCGGUGGCCUUCUCGCCCAACGGCAAGGACCUUGUCAGCGGCAGUCUGGACCGAACAAUCAAGAUGUGGGAGCUCAGCUCUCCGCGCGGCGUCGGCAACGCAGGCCCCAAGGGCGGAAAGUGCGUCAAGACGUUCGAGGGCCACCGCGACUUUGUCUUGUCGGUUGCGCUCACGCCGGACGCCAACUGGGUGCUGUCGGGCUCCAAGGACCGCGGCGUCCAGUUCUGGGACCCGCGCACUGGAACGACGCAGCUGAUGCUCCAGGGCCACAAGAACUCGGUCAUCUCGGUGGCGCCCAGCCCUCAGGGCGGCUACUUCGCCACGGGCUCUGGCGACAUGAAGGCUCGCAUCUGGUCUUACCGCCCGUUCUAG